CCUCUCGCCAUUUUGACAGGUAUGCAAUGCUAUUUGUCUCUCUUGGGCUCUUAACCUCUCUAUUUUCUCUCGCUUUCUUCGGUUUCUUCGUCAAGGGAAGCUCCAUGUUCCUGCGGCAAUUCCGCAACCCGCAUCGAUAGGCCCAUUGUUUCAACCAAAAGAACAUCCAAAUCCUCACGGAACAGGCGUCUUUUUCCAGAGGCAAAGACCACCAUUUCAUACAUGAUUUCUAAGUAUCGUUUGCAAUAGUUAGUUGAGUGAAGAGUUCCAUUCAGGCGUGGGGACUUGUUCUGCCGGAGCGGUCAUCGCUGCCCACCAUGCGCUCGACAUCCACCUUUACUCGAACGCCGGCGUUCCUGCUACAUACAUUGGCGAGAUGGCUUUUAGUAUGGGGGGUAUUGGGAAGCUCGGUUGUUGCUGAAAAGAAGUGUGCUUCGAAUUACUACGUUCGUUCGCUCCCAGGACAGCCGGACGGUCCCCUACUGAAGAUGCAUGCUGGACAUGUCGAAGUUGACCACAAAAACAAUGGGAACCUUUUCUUCUGGCAUUUUCAGAAUCGUCAUAUCGCUAAUCGUCAACGAACUGUUAUUUGGCUAAAUGGAGGGCCCGGGUGCAGCUCUAUGGAUGGCGCUUUGAUGGAGAUUGGACCGUAUCGAUUAAAGGACGAUCACACCUUGAUAUAUAAUGAAGGAUCUUGGGACGAAUUUGCGAAUAUCUUGUUCGUGGACCAGCCUGUUGGCACAGGAUUCAGUUAUGUCAAUACCAAUAGCUAUAUCCACGAACUGGACGAGAUGGCAAGCCAUUUCGUCACGUUCCUGGAAAAGUGGUUUGAGUUGUUCCCUGAGUAUGAGCAUGAUGAUCUAUAUUUCGCCGGCGAAUCCUAUGCCGGCCAGUAUAUACCUUAUAUUGCUAAAGCGAUUUUAGAUCGUAACAAAAAUACCACAACCCAGGCACAAAGUCGACUCUGGAACCUCAAAGGCCUGCUUAUUGGCAACGGGUGGAUCUCCCCUGUGGAACAAUAUCAGGCCUAUCUAACCUAUGCCUACAAGGAGAACCUUAUACAAAGCGGCACCGAUGCUGCUAAACGGGUUGAAAGGGCACAUUCGGAAUGUAUAUCCGAGCUCGAUAGCGGUGGUAAGGACCGGAUUCACGCUGGCGCUUGUGAAAAGGUUCUCUCUGCAGUUCUUGAGGUGACAAGAGAAAAUGGCAAAUGUAUAAACAUGUAUGACAUCAGACUUAGGGACGAAUUCCCUUCAUGUGGGAUGAACUGGCCGCCAGAUUUAAAGCAUAUAACCCCAUACCUCCGUCGGGACGAUGUUAUCAGUGCUUUACAUGUCAACGAUGACAAAAGAACUGGCUGGCGGGAAUGCACAGGAGCAGUGUCGAGCAACUUUAAUGCGCGCAAUUCCAAGCCGUCAGUGCAAUUGUUGCCAGAAAUUCUCGAGUCUGGAAUCCCUAUUACCUUGUUCAGCGGGGCCAAAGAUUUUAUCUGCAAUCAUAUUGGCACUGAACAGUUUAUCCACAACAUGCAAUGGUCUGGCGGAACGGGCUUCGAGCUUUCGCCCGGAGUCUGGGCACCACGACACGACUGGACUUUUGAAGGAGAGGCCGCAGGCUAUUAUCAAGAAGCGCGGAAUCUAACAUAUGUAUUAUUUUACAACGCCAGCCAUAUGGUACCAUUUGACUUCGGGAGACGGUCGCGUGACAUGCUUGACAGAUUUUUGGGUGUUGAUAUCACUAGCAUUGGAGGAAAUCCUGCGGAUUCUCGCAUCGAUGGUGAAAAAGGAGCUCUCACUUCUGUUGGUAAUCACCCCAACAGCACUACUGCCGAGCAGCGCGAGAAGGAGAAACUCAAAGCUGCAACUUGGGCAGCUUACUAUAAAUCGGGAGAAGUUGCCCUUGUUGUUGUUGCCAUUGCUGCAGCUGUCUGGGGAUUCUUUAUUUGGCGCUCUCGUCGCCAGCGACAAGGGAGUGGAUACCGUGGUAUUUACCCAAAUCUCAACGGCCUAAGCUCCGGAUCUUUUUCCGGAUUCCGAAAUAAACGCUCGUCCCAUGAUGAUAUAGAGGCCGCUGCAGAUUUUGACGCUUCCGAAUUGGACACUUUACGCGGUACGGACGAUAGGUCCCGGGGUGCGAAUGGUCACGGCAGUGUAGGAGGAGAUAGCGAGGAUGAGGAUGAAAAGUUCGGUGCACAGAAGGAAUCGUACCAUCCUAGCAAUAUGCCUUCAUCAUCCAGCUCAUAA